UGCGGGGGCUCCAGCCGCCCGGCCGGCCGCGACGCAUUCUGGGAAAGCAGCAGCACCAGAGCCAAGAUGGCGGCCAGCAGGAGGCUGAUGAAGGAGCUUGAAGAAAUCCGCAAAUGUGGAAUGAAAAACUUCCGUAACAUCCAGGUUGAUGAAGCUAAUUUAUUGACUUGGCAAGGGCUUAUUGUUCCUGACAACCCUCCAUAUGAUAAGGGGGCCUUCAGAAUCGAAAUCAACUUUCCAGCAGAGUACCCAUUCAAGCCACCGAAGAUCACAUUUAAAACAAAGAUCUAUCACCCAAACAUCGAUGAAAAGGGGCAGGUCUGUCUGCCAGUAAUUAGUGCUGAAAACUGGAAGCCAGCAACCAAAACCGACCAAGUAAUCCAGUCCCUCAUAGCACUGGUGAACGACCCUCAGCCUGAGCACCCCCUACGGGCUGACCUAGCUGAAGAAUACUCUAAGGACCGUAAAAAAUUCUGUAAGAAUGCUGAAGAGUUUACAAAGAAAUAUGGGGAAAAGCGACCUGUGGACUAAAAUCUGCCACGAUUGAUUCCAGCAAGUGUGAGCAGAGACCCCGAGCAGUGCAUUCAGACACCCCGCAAAGCAGGACUCUGGAAAAUUGACACGUGCCACUGCCUGGCGUUCGCUUGUGGCAGUUACUAACUUUCUACAGUUUUCUUAAUCAAAAGUGGUCUAGGUAACCUGUAAAGAAAGGAUUAAAAAUUUAAGAUGUUCUAGUUCUGCUUUCUUUGUUUUAAAAAUCACUGCUUUAGUCUACUUCAAAAGAUUGGUGUUUCUUUUCUUAUACAAAUUUUUCCAAAAUUUUCAAGUUACAUUUAGCCCAUAAGGUUAAAACAAAAGAAAAAGGUUGUGGUUCCCCUUCUUUUCUUUUGCCUUGCAGCUCCCACAUUCUUGCAGUUUAUUUCCCAUUUAUUCACUUCCCUGGGCCCAGGCCCCUUCUCUACGAAGGAGAAGAGACGGCUCCAGUGUUUCUGGUAGCCUUUCUUCUCCCUUGUUGAACUUCCCAGUAUGGGAUUUGGUUUAAAUUCUCCUGCUUUGUUUAUAACAUCCUUUAAAAUUUUUUAAAAACUAACAGCUAUAACCCUCACGAUUACCCCCCCCCCCAAAAAAAAGAAAGUCGUGAAAAGGGAGGCUUAGCUCUUACUAAAAAUCUGGCUACUAUUAACCGCAGUAAUGUUGAUUAAAUGGGCAACCCCCAACGUCAGUGUGUGUGACUGAACUGCGGCCUGGCCUGACCUGUGCAGGGAAAUGCUGCAAUAACAGGUCUGUAGUGACCCCAGGGAGGGUCUGCCAGCCAGAGGAUGCUGUACAUGCUGUGUGUGAUGAAAUCUCUUCAGAAAGGCUCCUGAGGCCAAAGAUUGGUACUCCUCCCUGCAGCCAUUUAAGAAGAUCUGCUGGUCCCUGCAGGCAAAGCUAAAGCCAGAAUAUCCAUUUGAAGUUCCAAGCUCAUCUGCCACUGAGCUCCAUCCGAAUAUGCCACAGAGCUCACUCUCCACCACAGCCCUCCCACAGCACAGUUUGACCUUCUGCGGGAUUGGCAAACAGUGGGGCCCCUGCUGGCCCCCUCCUUUGGAACAUCAAGCGAACGGCCCAGCCAGGAACAAGAUGGCCUUCCCUCUUCCCUUGGGACUCACAGCCUUUGCAGAGUCAAGGUCCACUUGAAGCGCACUCAGUAAUAUCCUUUAAUGUGUUUUAUAUUGUUUUGACUGCCUUUUUUGUAGAAAUAAAAAUUGACCUUAGAAUUUUAUCUUCAGAUGAACUUGUAAGGAUUUGAAUAUUAAUGUCUUUUCAAGGCAAAUGGGACUGUCCCUGAAUGAAUAGAGAACGCAUGUCGCUUUGACAUCCAGAGGAAGCUGGUGAUCCAAACUCCAUGUGUCACCAACUCUGCUUCUGUCACUGGUGGCUUCUCUUCUUGGCUCUUGGGGGACUAGAUCCUGUGGAGAAGAUGACUUAAACUUUGCUUUCUGUUUUAAUUUUAGUUCUAUAACUUGAGAUCUUUCUGGGGCCUACAGACGCGUUAAAACAGCUUGUCCCACCUGUGCAAAGGUGGGAAGCGAUGGGCAGGUCAGGCAGUGUGACAUUGGUAGUCCAGGCUUGUGGCCCCGCGGUGUGUAAAUGAACUCAGUUUCUCUAGGUACGCCAGGGGCAGGUUUUUGGAGACUCCUGUAUGCCCGGGAUGGCAAGAGUGCCGGGCUAGUGUUUCCACAUCUGUCUCUUAAUCAGCAGAAAGGUGAUGCUGGAUUUUAUUUCAUUCACACUCAAGAUUUGUAAUAAAAUGCCAAAUUCUGUCAGAAUCUAUCCAAACAAGCUACCAUUUGUUCUCAUUGCUUCUCUGAAUCCAGAAAUGUUGCCAUUCUUGGAAACUGUCCCGUUGCUUCAUAUUUCUGCCAACGUAUCUCUGCCUGCUUGUCGCCCCCUCAUUGCUCUCUGCUCACCACCGGAGGAUACCUGUGUGCCAGCAGCCCCUCAGGGACUCUCAGCCCUGGCACUGGCACCCCAUGGUUUGCCCUGGCAGCAGAUGCCUGGCUCUCAAGUCAGUGGGUGUCUCUCCUCUGGCCUGGGCGGCUUGCUCCUUCAAGCCAUGCCCUUGGGGUAGGCUUUGAGCAAGCUGGUGGGCAGCCCAAGCUGCUCUCAAACCAAAAGCUGGGUCCUCUGGAGGAGGGGAGAGCUGUGGAGCAGCCACCCACCGCUGACCCCAUCUCACUCAGGAAUUCACACUCUCCUAGUUCCUUGAAGUGUGCCAGGUCCUCCCCUCUGCACUCCGCAACCUCCUACCAUGGCAGAGAAGAGGCUUUCUAAGAUGCUGCGAUCCCAUUCUGCUGCCCUUUAAUAAAAACGCUCUCAGACACUG